CUGCUCCUGAUGAUAGUUUUAAAGUGAAGCUGAAAGCUUGAAACGACAAAUAUGCCUCAUUGGAUUAACUCCACCCCUGUAUGUUCUAAAUAUCAGUGGAUCUCCUGGAAUUUGUGGUAUAUUAGCUAACUGUUGUGAAGUGAAUCCAAGCUGGCUACAGCUCCACGAAGGAGCAAGCGAAAAACAUCGUACAGCCACCUUUCAAGACUAAAAGUGACUCUCUGCAGCAUGUCCUGGGGGAGUAUGGACUGGUGAGGCCGAUCAGUGUGGACGCAGAGGGCCGCUUCCUGUCACACGCUGUUUCGGCUGUCCGCAUGGCAGGAGGGCAGUCCCGUAGGCGCCGGAGGAGGGAGGUAGGAGUAGGCAAUGAUGAGUGGGAAGGACCAAGAGGAGUCGAGGAGGACCAAGAGCCUGUGGCCCGUCGGGAAAAGCUUUACUACAACGUCACCGUCUUCGGCCGGGAAUUCCACCUGCGCCUGCGCCACAACGCCAGGCUGGUGGCCCCCGGAGCCAAGAUGGAGUGGCGCGAUGACAGCGACAGCACCCGGCAGUCUGAGCCCCUGCACGACGAAUGCCUGUACGUUGGCGACAUCUCAGACACACCUGGAGCCACUGUGGCUAUCAGCAACUGUGACGGCCUGGCUGGUAUGAUCAAGACGAAGCAAGAGGAGUUUUUUAUCGAGCCAGUGGAGAGGGGCGAUGGAGUGAUAGAAGAGGAGGAGGAGGAGGGAGGAGGAGGAGGAAGGACACACAUCGUCUAUCGCUCUUCAGCCCUAAAGAAAGCGCCCAUCAGCAGCACGGAGGCAGACUACCACUCCAGAGGUGCUGACCUCGGUGGUCUGAUGGACCUGGAGUCUCUGUACCGUGGUGUGGAGCAGAGUAUCAACCACACGCGAGCAGGGCGAACGCGAAGACAGAGCCUGGACAGGGCCUACAACAUCGAGGUGCUGCUGGGUGUCGACGACUCGGUGGUCCAGUUUCACGGGAAGGAGCAUGUGCAAAAGUACCUGCUCACACUCAUGAACAUUGUGAAUGAGAUCUACCAUGACCAGUCUUUGGGAGCAAAGAUCAAUGUGGUGCUGGUGCGGAUUAUCAUGCUGGGCUACGGCAAGUCCAUGAGUCUGAUUGAACUGGGGAACCCAUCUCAGAGUCUGGAGAAUGUAUGUCGCUGGGCCUUCCUCCAGCAGAAGCAGGACACAGGGGACGCUGAGUAUCAUGACCACGCCAUCUUCCUCACACGACAGGAAUUUGGCCCCACGGGCAUGCAGGGUUACGCCCCAGUGACGGGCAUGUGCCAUCCGGUGAGGAGCUGCACUUUGAACCACGAGGACGGUUUCUCGUCUGCUUUUGUGGUGGCACAUGAGACCGGACACGUGCUGGGGAUGGAGCACGAUGGCCAGGGGAACCGCUGUGGAGAUGAGGUGCACAUGGGUAGCAUCAUGGCACCGCUGGUGCAAGCUGCCUUCCACCGCUUUCACUGGUCCAGAUGUAGCAUGCAAGAGCUGGGACGCUACCUUCAUUCCUAUGAUUGUCUCCGUGAUGACCCCUUUGACCACAACUGGCCCUCUCUGCCUCAGCUUCCUGGUUUGCACUACUCCAUGAAUGAACAGUGUCGCUUUGACUUCGGUGUGGGCUACACGAUGUGCACCGCGUAUCGUACAUUUGACCCAUGUAAGCAGCUGUGGUGUAGCCACCCAGACAAUCCCUUCUUCUGCAAGACCAAGAAAGGACCGCCCAUUGAUGGCACCAUGUGUGGGAAUGGGAAGCAUUGCUUUAAAGGUCACUGCAUUUGGUUGACCCCUGACAUCAUAAAGCAAGAUGGAAACUGGGGUUCGUGGAGUGAGUUUGGCCAGUGCUCCCGCACCUGUGGUGGAGGAGUACAGUUUCGCACACGUGACUGUGACAAUCCAAGACCAGCCAACGGGGGCCGUACUUGCGUGGGGGCGACUUACCAGUUCCAGAUGUGCAACACCAACGAAUGCGAGGACAUCUACAGUGACACACGAGAGGAGCAAUGCCACGCUUGGGACCCUCGCUUUGAACUCCACAGCAACAAGCACCACUGGCUGCCUUAUGAACACCCAGACUCUAACAAACGCUGCCACCUGCAUUGCCAAUCCAAGGAGACACGAGAUGUGGUCUUCAUGCAAAGAAUGGUCCUGGACGGCACACGCUGCUCAUACAAGGACCCGCACAGUGUGUGUGUGCGUGGAGAGUGUGAGAAAGUGGGCUGUGACCGUGUGGUCGGCUCCUCAAAGCAGGAGGACAAGUGUGGCGUGUGUGGAGGUGACAACUCCAGCUGCAAAACCUUCAAAGACACCAUCACACGCACUGCCAAGAAACAAGGUUUCCUCAAAGUUCUUGAAAUCCCCAGAGGAGCGAGACAUCUACUGAUCCAAGAGUUGAAAGCCACAUCACAUACUUUAGCUGUGAAGAACGUGGCAUCAGGACUGUUUUUCUUGAAUGGGGAAAAUGAAUACCCAGAGUCCCACUCAGUCAUAGAAAAGGGCGUGGAGUGGGAAUAUGAGAACGAAAAUGACAAGGAGACCCUUCAGACAACUGGCCCUCUCAGACAUGGAAUUCUUAUCAUGAUGAAAUUACAUGGAGAUGAGGAUGUGAAUUUGUCUUAUAAGUACAUGAUGAACAUGGACAGUGACUCUGCCAUUCAGAACAACAUGCUGGUAGAAGACAGUGCCUACGAGUGGGCCCCAAAGAGAUGGUCCUACUGCUCCAAGCCCUGUGGUGGAGGGAAGCAGUAUCUGCGAUACGGCUGCAGAAGAAAAGUUGACAGUAAGAUGGUCCACAAGAGCUUCUGUAACAAGUCCAACAUGAAACCUAAAGGAGACACCAGAGACUGCAACCAGAAGCCCUGCCCUCCACCCAUAUGGGUGACAGGGGAGUGGCAGAACUGCAGCAAACCAUGUGGAAAGACGGGCAUGCAAAUACGCUCAGUCAGCUGUGUCCAGCCAUCAGAUGACAACACCACACGUUCCAUCCACAAUAAACACUGCAACGAUGACCGGCCCGAGGCCCGCAGACCCUGCAACCGACACCCCUGUCCCACCCAAUGGAGAGUCGGACCGUGGUCUCAGUGCUCAGUGACAUGUGGUAAUGGGACCCAGCAGAGGCAGGCUCUGUGCCACACCAGGGACAACACCAUCGGCCUGUGCCUGGACAGUAAACCCGACACCAUCAGAGUCUGUCGCUUGGAUCCAUGUCCCAAGGGCUCAUCAGACCUCAACAAGAAUGGCAACAUCCUGAUCCAGUGGCUGUCUCGCCCCAACCCCAACUUCCCGAAGAUCUCCUCACGUUUUUUCUACUCUUCCUCCCUGCAUCUUCUGCUAAUGAUCUGGCUUUACUACUAUACUCUGCACGGCCAGCGUUGUCAUGGAGACCGCUCUGUGUUCUGUCGUAUGGAGGUGCUGAAGCGCUACUGCUCUCUACCGGACUACCAGCGCAUAUGCUGCAAGUCCUGCAGCAAUGUCACCAUCACAGAGCCUCUUCCCAACUCCAUCUCCAGAUCCACCCCCAUCACCUCUAUCCGCCCCAGUGUUACAGCUACUCCAUCCACCAGCACCCUCAGCUCUGGCUUCACCACCAUUCAACCCACCAAACCUGUCAUCACCACCAUUUCGGCUUCUACCACCAGCCCCUGGACCAUUAUUCAUCCUCCUCCCUUCACCACUCCUGUUCCUCAUUCCAUCCCAACCUCACUCAGCACCACAGACGUGAUCACAAGUCAUCUGUCAGCUGCCACCGGUGCUCCUGUCCUCCCUACCACCUUUUCCACGGCGACCACCUCAGUUAUUACCACCUCUUCCAGUAUUACAGCUUAUCCAUUGCCUCUGCCUGUCCCAGACAUAGAUGAGAGUACAAAUCCACAUUUACAGAGCAUUACAAAUCGCCCAACAACAUCUGGUAUGAUAACUACAGUAGACCUUACAGCAGCAACCAGUCCAACAAUCACAAAUCCAGCAGAAUGUAGCACAAAAACAGACACCCCACAGAAAUCCAAUCCCAAACAUAAUAUUCCUCCAAAGAAAAUCUCCAAAAAGGUGAUUCCACCAAAGAUCAAUCCAAAAAGGAAUACUGCACUGAAAAAUACUACAAGAAAUGAUGUUCCACCAAAGAUUCACUCCAAAAAGAACACAAAUGCGAAUCGAAAAAACAAUACUUCUGUGAACAGCAAUCCCAAAAAGACUACUCCAGCAAACACUACUCCCAAAAAGACUACUCCAGCAAACACUACUCCCAAAAAGACUUCUCCAGCAAACACUACUCCCAAAAAGACUACACCGGCAAGCACUACCCCCAAAAAGACUACUCCAGCAAACACUACUCCCAAAAAGACUACACCGGCAAGCACUACUCCCAAAAAGACUACACCGGCAAGCACUACUCCCAAAAAGACUACUCCAGAAAAAGUAGCUCCCAAAAAGACUACUCCAGCAAAGGCUACUCUCAAAAAGACUACUCCAGCAAACGCUACUCCCAAAAAGACUAUUCCAGAAAAAACAACUCCCAAAAAGACUACACCGGAAAGCACUACUCCCAAAAAGACUACUCCAGCUAAUACUACUCCCAAAAAGACUACUCCAGUGAAGCCUACUCCUGAGAAAAAACCCAAACCCACACCCAAAAAGGAGGUUUCACCAAAGGCCCGUCCCAAAAAGAACAUGCAGCCAAAGACAAAAGCAACAAAACAAACUCAAACAAAGACAAACCACAAAAAGAACCCAAAACUAGGGCCCAAAAAUGCAGCAGAUUCACAGGCCAAGGUUAAUCAGAAUAAGGGUAAAAAGACUAAUCCAAAAAAGAAAACACUUGAAAUGUCUUAUUACACCACAGCUCCCUCUCCAUAUACAAGCCCAGAACCAUCAAGAGAGUAUUUUUCUUCAACUAUUUCCCCUAGUACAAGUGUAUAUGCUCCAUCACCUUUUCCUGAGUCAAGAGUCAAUGUCACAUUUAUCAAUAACAACACAGGAGCUACAGAUCGAACUCCACUGUGGUACCAUGAAAGCACAGACAAUGGAGCAAUAACACCGAGCACUUUGGAUGAUCUCGUUACACCCACUGGUACCAUUCAUUUUGAUGAUUUCACGAUGCCCAGUGGAACCAUGCCGUAUGGUGAUGUCACAGUAACCAGCGGGACCGUUCUCAGUGGUGAUGACAUCACAGUGUCCUACGAUAAAGUGGGUGUGGUCAGUGACACCGUGGUGCUGGACGACGGCCUCACCAUGGUGAUCCCGACCAUCAAUAGCGAGGAUAAGACAGAUUUCGCCUCCUCACCCUGGCUGGACCUGUCUGAGUACAUCCCUGUAAGUGUUCCAACGACAACCUCAGACCCCGUCACCGCCUCACCUCCCACCACCAUCACUACGACAACAGAAAAACGAGCUAUCACAACCACCACGGGCUCAACUAUAAGACCUCAGGGAAGAGCCGAGGAGAACAGUGAGAACAACUCCAUCGAUGUCUUAUACAACAGGAUCGUCAGAAUAGACGACAUCUCUCAGAACAACUUGAUAACAAAGCGUCGGGUCAACCUCCGAGAACGAACCAGGAACAAACGGAUUCAGGAGCUUCUUGAGGAGAAGCGGAACUUUCUCCUCAGGAUGAAGCGAGGCCAUGCUGCACGAUAGACCAAUCCUCAUUUCUCUUAUAGAGAUGGACAUUCUCUUUACAGACCUUUGGUAAGUGGUGUUUAAACCCCUCUGUGAACUGCCAUGAUGUUUUCUAUCAGACUUUUCCACAAAAAAAAAACACAAAAAAAAAAACAAGCUCUGUCAUAUAACUAUCAUGACAAUCAGGACUGCUGCAGAGAAAGAAUAUCAUGGCCAAAUGUUUGAACAGUUGCUUUGCUUUGAAUAAAGAAAAGCCAUUUAGAGUACAGACUGUUGCAGAUUUGCAGCAAAUCGCCUCACCUGUGUAAACAUAAAAAUGAGAAACAGAACGGAUGAAAAGUGUACAUCCAGUUUGACCAGCACUUUACAAAACCAAGCCCUCUUAGCCACCCACAGUUUCAUGAUGUAGAUAAGAUGUAAUGUAGUUUGUAAAAUGGUAUUAUCCAUACUGGCACUUAUGGAACAACAAAAUGUACAACUUAGACUCCAAAUCUCCGUCUGAUAUUAUAUUACUGCCCAGGACUGCAGCUCAUUUCCACCAAACAGAUAUGCAUACCUCUCAGAUCCCUAACAACAACAACUGCAGCACAAGAUGAAAAUGUUUCCUUGUUAAGUGGCCACUACUCUGAAUCCCUUACACACACACACAGCAAAUUGGAGCUUUUGGAGGCCUAAAACAAUAUGGUAAUGCCAAACAAUGAGAAAGUCAAAGUUUCCUUUUGGUUUAAUUGCAUUGUGAAAGUUUACACUGCUUGGAUUGUGUUGCCUUUUAUAAAGCAAACAGUCUAUCUGACUGCACGGGGGUCUUUCAUCUCUCAGGAAGUUAAGAUACAGUGUGAAUAUCUGGUGGGGGACAUUGCCAAAUACUUUGUGCCUCCUGGAUUUGGCUUAUAUGUUUUGAUAUCUAACUAAGCUAGUUGUAAAAACAAAAUUAUUGAAGAGAAAAAAAAUAUUUUGAUAGCAUUUUUUGUUUUUCUUUUUUAAUGUUCAGUCAAGUAUGGUGCUUUUUUUGGUCAGUUUUGCUAAAAGCAAUGUCGCUCACUCAUUCAUUUAUGUACAAAAAAUACAAAAUACAAAAAAAUUUAAUAAGCCUGUUUGUAUUAACUGUAUCCACAUAGAAGUGUUGAGGGCCAGUAUAUUUUCUCUUCUAAAAGUUUUAUUAUUGGUACAUGUCCAACUUGCAGCAACUGCAAAAGCACCUACGGAUCUUUCUGUACGAUAUCUGUACAUAUGAAAAAAACUUAAUGUUUAAUAUUUAUUAAA